AUGAUUCAAAUUUCUCUCACAACAGGGAAGACAUUGCCUAAUACACAUUUCAAGAUAUUGAUUACUAAGACUCGGAUUAAUCAUACACAACAAAAGUAUAAUGACACGGUAUCUAUCUAUCUAUCUAUCUAUCUAUCUAUCUAUCUAUCUAUCUAUCUAUCUAUCUAUCCCUGUCUGUUCAGUAUCUAUCUAUCUAUCUAUCUAUCUAUCUAUCUAUCUAUCUAUCUCAGUCUGUUUAUAUCUAUCUAUCUGUACUGUUUAUAUCUAUCUAUCUAUCUAUCUAUCUAUCUAUCUAUCUAUCUAUCUAUGUCUGUUCAGUAUCUAUCUAUCUAUAUAUCUGUUUUCUUCUUUCUAAGCAGCCAUUUAUUUCACUCUUUCUAUUAUUUUUUACUUCUCUGCCAUUUUAUCCCAAUCCUUCCCGGCAGCCUUCAUUUCUCCUUCUCCCCAUUUUCCGUUCUCAUGCUCUAUCAAAAACCCCACCCAGCCCUGACAAUAUUUUCGCUCUUCACUUCACGAAAUAAGAAUCAGUUCCACAAUUCUUCGCAAAACUUCAGUUGUCUUCCUAACACGUCGACCGCACCUGUUGUACACAUAUGCGGACCAAACAAGCCUGUUCUUCAAACACCACCGUCAAGUGAGCGAAUCAUCUAUUAA